AGCAUGCACGGUACCACACAUACCCAAAUCCUCUCCUUCCAACAUCAAACCAAAUAAUCUGAACAUUCUGAAAUGGGGUGGUUUGUAUUGCCAUCUUUUGUGCUUUAUUGUUUGACACUCUUGUUACUCAUCAUUCAUACUCCGUCUUACACAUCCUCAUCAUCAGUGUUGCCAUUGUGUAACCAUGAUGACAGCUCAAACUUGCUCCAAUUCAAGAACUCUAUUGCCGUCAACACUUCAUUCUACAAACAAUUGUGGUGGCGGAAGCAGGUGGAGCUUUAUUGUUCAUCUUAUCCCAAGACAGCAUCCUGGAAGAACAAUACUGAUUGUUGCCAGUGGGAUGGUGUCACGUGCAACACCACGUCAGGGCACGUGAUUGGCCUUGACCUCAGUUGCAGCAUGCUUCAAGGUGAACUCAAUUCCAACAGCACACUCUUCCAUCUCACUCAUCUUCAACAACUCAACCUCGCUUACAAUGAUCUCUCUGCCUCUCCACUUUCAUCUAGAAUCGGUGACCUUGUGGCUCUGACUCAUCUCAAUCUAUCCAACUCAGCAUUGGGUGGUGAUAUUCCCUUCACAAUUUCUCACUUGUCUAAAUUACUCUCACUUGAUCUCUCCCGUACAGAUAUGCUAGAUGAGUCAGGAUAUAGCAAAUUGAGAUUUGAUCCAUCCACAUGGAACAAACUCAUUCUAAACACCACUAACUUGAAAGAGCUAGUUCUAGAUGAGGUAAACAUGUCUUCCAUCAGAGAAAGUUCACUGUCUUUGUUGAUGAAUUUGUCAUCUUCUUUGGUUUCAUUGAGUCUUCGAGACACUAAGUUGCAGGGAAAUUUUCCAAUCGGCAUACUUGGUUUACCUAAUCUUCAAGAACUAACUUUGGCAGAUAAUCAAGACCUCAAAGUUGAACUUCCAAAGUCUAACUGGAGCACUCCUCUAAAGAUCUUGGAUCUCAGUGGCAUAGUUUUCUCAGGAGAAAUACCUGAUUCCAUAGGCCAUUUGAAGUCUCUUAACCAACUAUUCCUGGGGCACUGCCAAUUUGAUGGAUUGGUACCUCUUUCUUUGUGGAACCUCACUCAACUAACUGAUUUGGGCCUUCCAGAAAACACACUUCAUGGUGAAAUCCCAUCUUUGCUUUCAAACCUCAAACAUCUCACCAACUUAGAUCUUAGUGCUAAUAAUUUCAAUGGUCAUAUCCCAGAUGUGUUCCACAACCUCACCAAAUUAGAAUCUUUAUCACUUGAUUCUAACAGUCUAGGAGGUCAGCUACCGCCAUCUUUGUUUUAUCUAACCCAACUUUCUGAAUUAAGUUUAUCAGCUAAUAAUUUAGAAGGCCCAAUUCCAAGCAAUGCCACUAAACUCUCAAUAUUAACAUUUUUUUAUUUGGAGCAUAAUUUAUUAAAUGGGACAAUCCCAGAGUGGUGUUUUUCUUUGUCUUCAUUGACAUAUAUGGAUCUUAGUAGCAACAAGUUCGUAGGACCAAUCGGUAAAUUCUCGACUUAUUCCAUGGAAACGUUGUCUCUCUCUGACAACAAACUCCAAGGUAGUUUUCCAAAUUCACUAUUUGAACUUGAAAAUCUAACAGAGUUAUAUUUAUCAUCAACUGAGUUGAGCGGUCAUGUAGACUUUCACCAAUUUUCAAAGCUCAAGUCUUUAGAAUUUCUUGAUCUAUCUCACAGUACUUUUCUCUCUAUUAACCUUGACAACAAUGUUGGCUAUUUUUUACCUAACCUUACUACAUUACGUUUAUCUUCGUGUAAGAUUACAAAAUUUCCUAGAUUCCUAGUAAGCAUUCAAGAUCUACAAGAACUAGACCUUUCUGAUAACCAAAUUGAAGGGGUGAUUCCCAAAUGGUUUAAUGACAAGCUCUUGUACAAAUGGAAGAGAGUGGACUUUAUUGACCUCAGUUUCAACAAGCUGCAGGGAGAUCUUCCAAUUCCACCAAAUGGCACCUAUUACUUUUCAGUUUCAAACAACAACUUCACAGGAGGCAUUUCUUCCACAAUAUGCAAUGCAAGCUCCCUCAAUAUGCUAAUCCUGUCUCACAACAAUUUGACUGGCAAGGUUCCACAAUGUUUGGGAUCCUUUCCUUCACUCCUGGUUUUGGAUUUGCAAAUCAACAACUUUUAUGGAAGCAUACCUGGAAACUUCUCCAAGAAGAAUGCUUUUGAGACUAUAAAGUUGAAUGGCAACCAAUUAGAGGGACCAAUACCACAAUCGUUGGCUCAUUGCACAAAACUGGAAGUUCUAGACCUCAGUGACAAUAACAUAAAAGAUGUAUUUCCCAGUAGGCUAGAAGCUCUUCAGGAAUUACAGGUACUCAGUUUACGAAAUAACAAAUUUCAUGGUACCAUCACUUGUUUGAGUAGGAAGCACCCAUUUCCAAAGUUGAGAAUUUUUGAUGUGUCUAAUAACAAGUUUAGUGGCCCUUUGCCAAUGCAAUACUUUCAAGAGUUUCAAGGAAUGAUGGCUCGGAAUGAUAAUACUCAAAUUGCUGGUUUGAAGUAUAUGGGUACCAAUGCUAGUAUUACCAGUGUACCAUAUAAUGACUCUGUUGUGAUCAUUAUGAAAGGUCAAUUGACAGAAAUGUCAAGGAUAUUAACUAUUUUCACAACCAUAGACUUGUCAAAUAAUUUGUUUGAAGGAGAAAUCCCACAAAUUCUUGGAGAAUUGAAUUCUCUCAAAGGGCUUAACCUUUCACACAACAGAAUCAGUGGUAUGAUUCCACAAACUUUGGGAAAUUUGACAAGUUUGGAAUGGUUAGACCUCUCACGGAACCAAUUGAAAGGUGAGAUACCUUUGUCUUUGACAAAUUUAAAUUUUCUAUCUGUCUUGGACCUUUCUAAAAAUCAAUUGGAGGGAAUGAUACCAACAGGAGAACAGUUCAAUACAUUCCAAAAUGAUUCUUACAAAGAUAAUCCAAUGCUUUGUGGAUUCCCUUUGUCAAAGUCAUGCGGCAAUGAUGAAGAACAACCACCUUUAGUGUUUACUGAGGCAAAAGAAUCAUUAUUUGGGUGGAAGUCAGUUGCAGUGGGAUAUGGAUGCGGAGUGGUAUUUGGAAUGUUCCUUGGAAAGUUGUUCAUCAAGACUGCGAAACCCGUGUGGCUUGCCAGACUUCUUUGUGGUUAUACUUAACAAAACAUGCACAGCAGAUCAGAGACCAUGCAAAGCAUCAUGUUUUUCCUUCUUUUCUCUGUCAUGGGAAUUUUUUGUUUGUGGAAUAAAGUGUGUUAGAUAUCAAGCUUGUGAUUUAUCCAUGCAUACAUCAUUACAGCUUCAUCAAGAUGUACCACUACUCUUGCAAUGAAAUGAAUGCCAAGAAUGAAAUGAAUUGAGUUAUUCAGUAAAGAAACUAUAUUCCUCUGUUUUUGUAGCGUGUGUGGAGAGGGAAAGAAAAAUGUAUAAUUAUGUAUAUGAGUGGUUUAUG